CAGAAAAAAAUAGCUAACAACUGACAACAUAAAAUUAAUUCUUGUGUCUGAUUUGCGGAUACGUUCAGUUUCAGUAGGCCUAUUUCAGCUUACUACCUGUUUUGUACAACUAUGGGACUUCUUACAAUACUGAAAAAGAUGAAACAAAAGGAAAAAGAAGUUCGUUUAUUAAUGCUUGGACUGGACAAUGCUGGCAAGACUACCAUUCUGAAGAAAUUCAAUGGGGAAGAUAUUGAUACCAUUUCUCCAACUCUUGGUUUCAACAUCAAGACCCUGGAGCACAGAGGGUUCAAACUCAAUAUCUGGGAUGUUGGUGGGCAGAAGUCUCUUCGGUCGUACUGGCGAAACUAUUUUGAAAGCACUGAUGCCCUGAUAUGGGUGGUAGACAGUGCUGACCGCAUGAGGCUGAAUGACUGCAAAAAAGAACUCCACGCUUUAUUGGUUGAAGAGAGACUGGCAGGGGCUACACUGCUAGUAUUUGCCAAUAAACAGGAUCUCCCAGGGUCACUGACUGCCAAAGAAAUCAGAGAGGCAUUGGACCUCGACUCCAUAAAGACACAUCACUGGCUGAUUCAAGACUGCAGUGCAGUCACAGGAGACAAUUUACUGAAUGGAAUGGACUGGGUUGUAAACGAUAUUGCUUCUCGAAUAUUUACCAUGGAUUAAAUAUAUUUGAUGGAGGCUUUGUACAUUAGUGUGAAUGUUGUGCAAAUUGUAUCUUAUGUCAUGUCAGAAGUGCACCCAGAGAAAUGUCUUGGCAACUUUUGUUUUUUUUGACGUCUGAAAGGGCUUUGUGCUAUGACAAAAAUACAGUAAGUCCCGUUAUAAGGUUGGCAUAUGGACAUCUACCUAGUAGUGUCAUGAAACCUGAGAGUGUAUUUUGAAACACCAGGAACACACCAUCCCUCCUUUUUAUGGAUAUAUAUAUCAUGCAGAGCUUUGACUUUGAGUCUUAAGCCUUCAACGUUUUCAUGUCAAAUAGCCUGAAUCUUUGUGUUGCAGUUAUGUGCAGUUAUCUGCUUCAUUGUUUUCGAGUUCCCGUUGGUUAUUUUACAAUAUGACUGAGACACAUCGGUAUGUUUGUAUAAUGUGAGUGUGCUAAAGUAAAGGGGCCCCUUCUCAGGGUUCGUAGGAAUGUUGAGAAUGAAUGUAAGCUUAAGCUAUGAAAUCUUUUGUGAUAUUAUUUCAGGAAGAGCCGCCUAACGGCAUAGAGAGAAUGUUGUCCAUUAUUAUUUUGAUUGGGAAGCUGCAGUGGUGUAUUUUUAGGAGUUUUAUUCAUUGUCACCUCAGCCCCAAUCUUUGUCAUUUGUAUUGCACUGCAGAGGUUGACAUUUAUCAUUCCAAUGCCUCAAAUUGAUAGCAAACUUAGACAACACACCUACUGUAUUUUUCAAUAAAUACUGUACAGCAAAGUCAUCUUUUAGAAAUCAGCGAGAAAUCGAAAGAAAAUGUAAUCCCUGAUUUUCUUCCCCAGCAUUUUAAACGAGUAACCUCUCUAAACCAAAAACUCGGUUACACCAAAGAAAAUCUGGCAGUCCCCCUGAUUUCGAUUUAAGUGGGACUUCACUGUAUUAAAUAGUCUUACUGCUGUAUGACAUUUUAGGUUCACAUACUUCCAUAAAACCAGUCUAGACGAAUAUCCAUGACAAUUCAUACCACAAAAGGGAUUACCUGUGUUCCCAAUUUACCCCACGCUGCCUGCCCAUGGGGAUUCCUCAUUCGAAGUGAUAUGUCUAAAAAAAUCCCAUCAAUUAGCCUACAUUUCAUUAUGGAUAAUGAUAGAGAAUAAAAAGCUAUUGAGAGAAGUGCAGAAUCUGAUUACAUAAAAUGCAAGAGAAAUGGAAGGAAAUUCUCAUUCAAAUGAUGACAGGUGAAAUUGCUGAAGAGCUCUCCUGAGCUUUGAGCUUUCACCUGAUUUCAGCCCUUAUAAAAAAUGCUCUCAGCAAGAGGCUUUCCUUUGUUUCCUCUAAAGGUGUGCUGAAAAGCAUCUGCCUUUUACACAUUGGAGCUAGUCAGGUAACUAGUUUUUGUCAGUGUCUGAUAUGUAACAGUGCUGCAUUUGAGGAAAUGCCAUGUUGCAGUUGGUCAUUCAUGGUUUACGAAGUUUGAAUCCUGAAAGAGAUUUGUUGUUCCCCACUUAGGUGCAGUGUGAAAAAAUAAAUGUAAAAGAAAGCUUCUUUUUGACAUUUAAAAAAAUACUUACACCCUCAUCUUUUCCCUUGCUGAUUAAAUACUGAAGAUGAACAAUCUCAAUAAAAGAAAUCCAAAAGU